UCCUUGUUGGACAAGUGCAAACAUUUUCUCUUAGCAUUUCCCUAGCAUUUACCUGGUCUUUCCAUACAAAGCUCUCUCUACUUUGUAUAAUUUGCCAUGGCAUCGCCCCAUACAGUUAAAGUUCUUGGGACCACUCGAGUCACUCCUGCCUCUGACUCACCAAUAUCAGCCACUGAAUUCUCUCUCCCUCUUACUUUCUUUGACACACUCUGGUUCAAGUUCCAUCCAGUAGAGCGCAUCUUUUUCUACCAACUCAACGUGUCAAACCCUGAAUAUUUCCACUCAAUUAUCCUCCCAAAACUCAAGCGCUCCCUUUCUCUCACUCUCCUCCAUUACCUCCCUCUUGCCGGUAACCUCCGAUGGCCUUCGAAUUCCCCCAAACCCAUCGUUACAUACAGUCCUAAUGAUGGAGUUUUGGUCAAAGUUGCUGAGUCUAACUCAAACUUUAGCCUUCUCUCAGGCAAUGAAAUCCAUAAAGCUCUUGAGUUACAUUCUUUGGUACCUCAACUAAUGAUGACUGACAAUAUAGCACCAAUAAUUGCUUUGCAAAUAACACUCUUUCCUUCUCAGGGUUUUUGCGUUGGGAUAACAGCUCACCAUGCAAUUCUUGAUGGUAGAAGUACAACCAUGUUUGUCAAGUCCUGGGCUUAUCUUUGCAAACAAGGUAACACUGAAAAUUCUUCUUUGCCACCAGAGCUAACCCCGUUUUAUGACAGGAGUGUUAUCAAAGAUCCAAGUGGACUUGACUUGUUGUACUUAAAACAAUGGUUAGCCUUUACUAGCUCCGAUUCGGAUCCCAAUAGGCGAAGCUUGAUAAUUGAGCAGAAUAUCAGAGAUGUUCCUGAUGAUUUGGUUCGUGCCACGUUUGAUUUAAGUCGUGAACAUAUCAAGUCACUUAGAGAAAAGGUUUUGUCUAAGUUGGAUAAAGCAAAACCACUUCAUUUGUCAAGUUUUGUUCUUACAUUUGCCUACGUAUCCACUUGUCUAAUCAAAGCAAGAGGUGGAGAAAGUGAUAGAACGGUUAAUUUUGGGUUUGCAGCAGAUGCAAGGUCACGUUUAAACCCUCCGAUCCCAGAAAAUUAUUUUGGUAACUGUGUUUUAGGCCCUUUAGCUUCAGCAAAAGCAGGAAACUUCAUGGAUGAAAAUGGUUUUGCCACUGCUGCGGAGCUGGCAAGCGAUAUGGUUAAAGAGUUGGAGAUGAAUGGGAUUCUUGAACAGGCAGAAAAGAAGCUGACACAGUUUUUUGAUGUGAUCAUGGAAACUGGAAAACAAGUGAUUAGUGUUUCCGGGUCACCUCGAUUUGGUGUUUACGGGGCAGAUUUUGGAUGGGGCAAGCCUAGAAAAGUGGUGAUUGUGUCCAUAGAUAGGGGUGGAGCUAUUUCUUUGGCUGAGAGUAGAGAUGGGAGUGCGCUAAUUGAGAUUGGUUUGGCAUUGAAUAAGCAUGAAAUGAAGACUUUUGCUUCUUUAUUUUUGGAUGGGCUAAGAGAUCUUUAAGGCAUGGAGCUAUUAUACAAUUGAUGAUGUAUUUGAUGUUCCUUUUGUCCAUAAAAAAUAAAUGAAAUAAGCACACCCAAUUAUCCCACAAUUUAUGAUGUAUUUAUGAUGUAUUUUAUGGGGUUGGUUUGAUAUUGAAUAAGAUCAAUAGACCACCAUUUAUUACUCUCAA